AUGGCCGCUGACCUGACGAGCAUCAAACUCAACCCGGACAGUCAUGUCCUGCUGGACCAGCCUCUCCUCCGGCUACCUCAUGAACUUGUCAAGCGAAACUUUAGAAACACUCAACGCUACGUGGAGCGCGAAAGAGACCAGAUCCUACCCUCCCUGAAGGACACUGCGAACGCAGCACUCAGUUCCUCUCAGACCCCAGAGGAGACGCUUGCCUCGCUCGAUGCCAUGAUCCAGCGGAUGCAAACUUUCAAACGCAAAAUAGACAAAUUGCACGCCGAAGAAGAGACGCUCCACGAACACUCGGCAAAACGUAUCAGACACCUCCAAGAACUAUACGAGAUUCCUUCCCUUGCGGAUGUCAAGUAUGAUGACUGGGCUCGCACUCGUCUUGACCGUUUGAUGGUCGACUACCUCCUCCGCUCGGGCUACUCGAAAACGGCCUCCUCGCUGGCGGAGACGAAGCAGAUCUCUCACCUCAUCGAUCUCGACACAUUUGUAACAUGCCACAGGAUUGCCUCUUCCUUGAACCGGGGCGAGACGAAAGAUGCCCUCGCCUGGAUCGCCGAGAACAAGAACUCUCUAAAAAAGCUUAUCACGGCACCCUACAAGUGCACGAACCUGGAGUUCGAACUCCGCCUUCAACAAUACAUCGAACUCGUCAGGGCAGGGACAAUACCCAAGAAACUUGAAGCAAGAAUGUACGCUCAACAACAUCUGACGCCACACGCCUCCUCUCGUCCAGAUGCUAUAAUGCAAGCAGCGGGUCUGCUUGCCCAAGAGCCCAAUACAGAAGCAGAGCCGUACCGGGGAUUGUUUGCCCCUUCUCGCUGGCGCCAUCUGUCGAACCUGUUCAUCGAGACUCAUCACACCCUGCUGUCUCUCCCGGUACAGCCGCUUCUCCACGCUGCCUUGUCUGCCGGCCUCUCCGCGCUGAAAACUCCAGCGUGCCACAGCGCCUACAACCCGGCGAGUUCGUCGACGCCGGGACACGCACGAAUCGCCACAAACACCUCUCUCUGUCCGAUCUGCAGCAUGGAAUUAAACGACCUGGCGCGCAACGUACCGUACGCGCAUCACACAACCAGCUUUGUCGAGUCGGAUCCUGUUGUUUUGCCCAACGGACGCAUCUACGGCCGCGAACGCCUUGAGGAGUUGCAGCGCAAGCUUGCAAUGUCUGGCUUGGGUGGCGGCGAAGGAGGCAUACAUGAUCUGCAGAUUGGGAAAGAAGGCGAGGUCCGGGACCCCACAACCGGUGAGAGCUUUACAUGGGAGCAGGUCAAGAAGGUGUAUAUCAUGUAG